AUGUCCACACUUGACCGGCUUGCUAAUGAACUUUUGUUCAAAAUUUUUACGUAUUUACACAGGCCGGCCGCCUUUUCUUUAACUUGUAGAACGCUUCAUUGUGUUACAAAGGACCCUCAUGCAAGGGCCGCUUACUUCCUUCGUAAAUAUGGCCCUCGGUUAGCAAUUUUUUAUGCUAUACGAAAUCAUGCUAAGAUUGUCACAAAAGAGACGGCUGAAGCGAUGAUCUCUUCGGGUGCUAUUGUAUCUCGAAACUUGGCUCAACGUCUUAUAAAAGAUUAUCUAGAAAGACAACCAAGCGAAUAUUUUCGUUGUUGUUGGACUAGUAAAUUAACUUUCGGUACUUACUUGGUAUUUCUUCAACGUGCUUAUACAUUAUACGGUGAUAACUUAUGGGCGAAAGAUGCAAUGGAUGACUGGGAACAAUUUCGCAUAUGUGUCUCGCUACAAUCUGGAUUGGACAUUGAUAAUGUAGAUAAUAACAUGUUAAAUACGACUGCAACUCAUGAUACUAAUAGAGAAUAUAUUCGUGAUCUGGUUGAGAAAUAUCAUGUGGUACCUUUACCCCUUCAGUAUUGCUUCGCCAAUAUUUCUGAUACUUUUGUUACUAUAGCUCGUAUUGGUGAUAAUCAACUUUUAGAUAUGGCUUUGAAUGAUCUAACUCACUUUGAUCAAUAUGAAUUUUCAAAUAUCCUUCCUACUAUCAUAGAAAAAUUGAUUUAUAACAAACCAACUCCUACUCAUUUAAAGAAAGCUUUGAUGAACAUUUUCAGUUUCAACUAUCCGGUUCUGGAACAACUAGCUUUGGAAUUGAUUAGGAAUUGUGGACUAUAUAAAAUUCCUAAUGUUAUAAUUGAAACUUUGAUUGAAAAGAAAGAUGAUUUGCCUUUCGAUCUCAAUGCUGUGGUCGUGCACUCUAUUAAUGACAAAUUUCAUUCUAUAUGCUCAUACAAUGGUGCACCUGAUAACAUUGAAUCUCUUUGGCAUUAUUUUCCCGAAUUUCGACCAAAAGUGAGGGAAAAUCUUAACACACUAUUUGCGGAUUCGAGAAUGGGAGGAGUUAUAUGUAGCAAGAACGAUGCUAGUUAUUACGGCUACGGUGUAGGUUGUGUAUGUGUAGAAUUCAUCCUCACAACUUUCGGAGCCGAUGAUAUAAUUACUGAAAAAUGUUUCAAUGCUAUCAUAAGGGACGUUUGUGAAAAGAAUUUAAAGAUGCAAGCUAAUCGUAAUACAUUAUUUAGCAAGCUCAAACGUAAUGAUGGUGCUGGACUCACGCUACUCCAAGGAUCACCACAAUAUUUUAUUCAAUAUGUAGAGGCGGGUGUUAGGGUCAAACCUGAACAUCUAAAGAUGGUAUCUAAAAAGGGUAUGAAUCGUAAAUGGUUUCUCAAAGGACUUUUUGAAGCUAUGGAAAGAUCUUUAAAGAGCGAUCACGUAAAGACACAAAUAGAUUCCGUGAAAGAUAUGUCAUCAGGCGGUGGCAAUGAAAAUGUCGUGAUUGACAAGACCAAAUUGUGGAAAAACGUUAUUAAAGAAGUAUUAAACCAAGAACGUGAAAAAUAUUAUGGCUCGAGUAAAAGAUGGUUAAGAAAAGGUCGCUUAUAUCGUAUGCUUGAUGAAUUUUAUAGUAAAAAUUUUGAACAUUCUUAA